GGUUACAGAACCAAAGAAGUGGGCAGCAAGUCUACAAGAGCAUGAUGGACUGCCUUGUGAAAACUAUUCGAUCAGAGGGAUACUUUGGAAUGUACAGAGACUUGGGUCCCCCUGGGAUAUUGAAGGCUAGCCGAUAAGGCGCAGCCACGAUGGAGGCAAAUAUUAAUGGUUCUUACGAUAUUGCUCUACUUAAAACUAUAGGUUCAAGUUUUAUGUUUUGCCAUCUGUUCUGUAAUUUGACUUCUUGUCAUUAACUCCUUGCUUGUCUCUUUACUGUCCUGUCAACCUGUCAUUGUGUGUUCUUUCCUUGACUAUAGCAUUCCAGUCUUUGUUUAAUCUUGCAAAUUAAUCUGGUCUGAACUAAAGUUUUUUUUUUACAUAUAUAUUUUAAUACAACAGAUAACUUUGCAAGUUUGUCCAAAGUCUGAAAUAUGGGUCUAGUGUUCAAGUCAGCCUGUCUUGUCACUAACAACUUUUGAUUCAUUUUCUCUGUUGUAGUUGACAUGUUUACAUACUUUAUUUGACUCGUUUUAAAAAGAAAAAAAUUCUCUGUAUUUGACUUUGUUUGUUUCAUUUGUCCCUCCCCCCCAUUCCUUUUCUGUCUUCUUGUCACUGCCUUUAAAACAAUGCUUAUGUGUAAUGUUUUAUGAGAUGAUGUGCUUCGCCAGAGUAAUUGAAACAGCUUUAAGAUGAAUUCUAUUUUAUGAUGUUAUAAAAAUAUUAACAGGCAAUGUUGUUUCUUUGUCAUUGGAAACUCGAUUGUAACAUCAAUGCUAAUUGUGAAUUUGUUUGCUCCUUAGGGGCAGCAGUAAACUUGACUUUGGUUACUCCUGAGAAAGCCAUCAAGCUGGCAGCUAAUGACCUCUUCCGUCAUCACCUUUCCAAGGAGGGAAAAGGCUUAACAGUAUUCAAAGAAAUGCUUGCAGGGUGUGGUGCCGGCAUGUGCCAAGUUAUUGUUACUACCCCCAUGGAAAUGCUUAAAAUCCAGUUACAGGAUGCGGGCAGAAUUGCGGCCCAACAAAAGAAACCAGUGAUGAUGUCUCCCACAAAGCUGGCGGUAACAAACACGGUGCUGAGCCGCUCGUACAACUCUGGCCUUGUGAUGUCUACACCGAAAGCCGUGUCGGCAACACAGAUUGCGAAGGAACUCCUGCAAAAACAGGGCAUCCAGGGCCUGUACAAGGGCCUGGGGGCAACACUGAUGAGGGAUGUACCUUUUUCUAUUGUUUACUUCCCAUUGUUUGCUAACUUGAAUCGACUGGGCAAACCCAGCCCCACAGAGUCAUCGCCCUUUUACUGGGCAUUCUUGUCAGGGUGUGUUGCAGGAUCUACUGCUGCGGUUGCAGUCAACCCUUGUGAUGUGGUGAAGACCAGACUGCAGUCCCUCAACAAAGGAGCAAGUGAAGAGAGCUACAAUGGAAUUAUGGAUUGUGUUAGUAAAAUUAUGAGGAAGGAGGGGCCGUCCGCCUUCCUGAAGGGGGCUGGCUGCCGUGCUCUGGUCAUUGCACCUCUGUUUGGAAUUGCACAGGUCAUGUAUUUUGUUGGUGUUGGUGAAUACAUCCUGGAUAACUAUUCUCCAAGUUUCCUUUCUGUCUGAGCUGCAUCAGCAGGCUAUACUGGCGUAACUACUGGCAGCUACAAUCAGUUUACAGCAGAAGUUUAUUUAUUUUUUAUCAUCUUUAUAGUUUGACAGCUGUGUUGCACUUUGCACACUUUUGUGACUUUGAAACCAACUGAGCCCAUCAUUUGCACUUGAAUCUGUUGACCUUUUUAAGAUAGUGGACUCAGAAUUACUUUAUUCAUGUGUCCUAGUCCCAAAACAUUCAUGUCCGAAUUCCCUCCAUGAGGGAGAGGAACUCACUCAGACCUAGUUUUGUGUUUAGUUUUUCCAUUUUUAAAAAUGUUAUUAUUUACAGGUUAUCUUUUCAUUAUUUUAUAUACAUUUUUCCGUUUGUCUCAUCAUACAGAGCCUUCCACUUAGAAAUAAGAUUUGUGAUGGCUAAAUAUAUGGGGCCCAGUUUAUGCUUUUAUUCUGUAAAUGUGUUUUGUAUUCUGCAAUAAAACAAUAUUUAGCUGUUUUAUUGGAUUAAUUUUGAGCCUUCCUGCUGAUGUGGGACCAUGAUGGUUACCAAACCUUAAAAAGCGUCCUCAUAGAAAGACCUGUUAUUGUUUGCAUGUCCCUUACAAAACUUUAUAUUAUUAUACAUAUUAAGUUUGUGUACAUAAUUGCCCUUCAGACCUCUACAUUUACAGACUUAUAUUACUCUAAGUAUCACUUGAUUAUGUUGUAACAGAGCAGAAUUUCAUUGGGUCCUUGGAGGCAGCGUUUUUGACAUUAAUACUGUGAGAGAUGACUUGUUACAUACUGUCACUGUGAUAGCUUUUUUACACAUUAUAUCUAUUAAAAUGUUCUUUUCAUUCA